AAGGUAGUGAAUCUCAACGUAGGCGGUAAAUCCUUCAUCACCCUGCGAUCGACACUUGCCGAGAGCCCAACGCUGCGCGAGUACGUCGAGCGCGCCGAGGCAAACUUGGAAUUUUCAAAGGAUGGCGCUACGUUCAUCGACCGCGAUCCGACGCAUUUCCCCAUCAUACUUGCACACAUGCGCAAC